AUGGCGGGUGAGGGCAGCGGCUCCGUGCCUGGGGAUGGCACCGGCCCGCCCGCCCCGGAGCGGGUGCUCUUCCCGCCCACCUUCAGCGUGUCCGAGAUCAAGAACAAGCAACGGCGGCACUUCAUGUUCCUUCGCUGGAAGCAGCAGCAGAGGAAGGAGAAGUUGGCUCUCAAGAAGAAGCGGAGGAAAGAGCGAGAGGCCCUCGGAGACAAAGCCCCUCCAAAAGCCAUUCCAAAGACUAUUGAAAAUCAGCGAGUGUAUGAUGAAACCACUGUAGAUCCCAAUGAUGAAGAGGUUGCUUUUGAUGAAGCAACUGAUGAAUUUGCACCGUAUUUUAAUAAACAGACAGUUCCCAAAAUUCUUAUUACAACAUCAGACCGACCUCGUGGGAGAACAGUGAGAUUCUGUGAGCAGCUGGCCACUGUUAUACCCAACUCACACGUCUACUAUCGAAGAGGACUGGCUUUGAAAAGAAUCAUCCCACAGUGCAUUGCAAGGGACUUCACAGAUUUAAUUGUCAUUAAUGAAGAUCGCAAAAUACCAAAUGGUCUUGUUUUAAGUCAUCUGCCCGAUGGUCCAACUGCUCAUUUUAGAAUGAGUAGUGUGCGUUUGCGUAAAGAAAUAAAGCGAAAAGGGAAGGAGCCCACAGAACACAUCCCUGAAGUGAUCCUGAAUAACUUCACAACGCGGCUCGGCCAUUCCAUCGGCCGCAUGUUUGCUGCUCUAUUCCCACACAAUCCUCAGUUCAUUGGAAGACAAGUAGCUACAUUUCACAACCAGAGAGACUACAUCUUUUUCAGAUUCCACAGAUACAUCUUCAAGAGUGAAAAGAAAGUGGGAAUUCAAGAACUUGGGCCACGUUUUACAUUAAAGCUGAGGUCACUUCAGAAAGGAACCUUUGAUUCCAAAUUUGGAGAGUAUGAGUGGAUUCAUAAGCGUCGAGAAAUGGACACAGUUAGAAGAAAAUUCCACUUGUGAGAUCUGCCAAUUUCUGAUGACCAGGAAUACAGCAGCUGCUUUGAAGUGCAGAUGAUCUUGGACUCCUAACUAAUGAUAAUGAUACUGAACAGUAUGUGUCUGCAGAAAGACAAACAGCAAACAUUAAAACUUUCUACAGCAGCAGAUCAAGUAGGAUGUGCCUUUCUUUCCAUUUGUAGGCAACGUGGAUAAGGACAGUGACUUUUUCCUGUUUAGCAAGAAAAAUUAUAGCCAUGUUUGAGCAACUUGUCAUUUAGCCAUCACUAAGGAUUUGCCAGAGGUGCUGCUAUGCUGUAGAAACAGAUUGUGCUUCACAACAUCGAAGACAGCAAAUAUGUUGGCUAAAGAAAUUUUCAAAAUAAAGUGUUUUUAGUUUUACA